AUGACUGCCCUCUUGGAAACGAAGGAAGGCGAGGGUGGCGGCGGUGGUGGCGGUGGCCGUUCCGUGACCGGCGCUGGGGGCGGUGGAGGAGGAGGCGGCGGUCGACGGGCGCCGAGCCUACGGCUGGUGAACGGAAGGGCGACCACGGGCGUGAGUUUGCACACCAGCAGUACCGAAUCUGUACGUUCUCCCCAUCAUCAUCUCGGUCAGCAGCAGACUGUCGGCAAUAACAACUGCACGCAACAACACGCCGGUAAUAACCCCGCCGCGAACAAUCACCCGAGGCUCAACAAAGAUGACAGCAUUAAGAUCAGCAUCGAGAACACCAACACUUGUACAGAUAGCCUUGUCACUGCUCUAGACGACGAGACUCUUCUCAUCACUGAUUUCCUGGGCGAUACAGCAAAAAAUAAACAUUAUGGUUUAUCGGAGGAUGCUUUUUACGGUGGAUAA